UGUUAUCAAACCUGUAAUAAAAGAUAAAGUUUUAACUUUGUUGAUCCUCCGUCUGGGACAUUUACAGGAGCAGGAAAUUGACCGUGUUACAGCAGCAAGAGAAACUAACUCUCAGUGAAUAAGAGAAAAAUAGAAUAUUAACACAACAGAAAGUCGUUGGAAGAGCAAAGCACAAAGGUUAUAAAUAGAAAAUGGAUAAAAAGAAAUGAGUGUGAGCUCUUUCUCUUCUUCUUGACUCUUCCUCAGACAUCAUGGGCCGUCUCUGAGAAUCCUUCAGAUUUGUUAACCAGGUCACUAUGUGUGUGCUGACAUGUUAACGUUACCUGUUGUUGUCGCUGUGUUUGUUGCAGUUUUCCUGCGGAGCCACAAGAGUCUGGAGUCUGUGGAUCCUCAGUUCACCAUGAGGAGGAAGAUGGAGCAGCUGAGAGAAGAGCUGGAGCUCAUGGAGCAGCUCAGAGACAGCAUCGAGAGCAGACUGAGGGUCGUCCUUCCUGAAGACCUCGGCUCGUCUCUGAUGGAUGGCGUCGUGCUCUGUCAUCUGGCCAAUCACAUUCGUCCUCGCUCAGUCGCCAGCAUCCACGUCCCCUCGCCUGCAGUGCCCAAACUCAGCAUGGCCAAGUGUCGGAGGAAUGUGGAGAACUUCCUGGACGCCUGCAGAAAGAUCGGAGUACCUCAGGACAAACUGUGUCUUCCUCACCACAUCCUGGAGGAGAAGGGUCUGGUGAAGGUGAGCGUCAUGGUGCAGGCUCUGGUGGACGAGGCCUCCCCCAAACACGCCCUCCUGACGUGAGCGAGCGCAGACGGACGGAGCUUCACUGACCAACAGGUUCAACAAACGCACGCCGGUAUCGACACGCCGACGCUCCAGCACCACCUCCGAGGUUGCUCUGCCUCCUUCCCAGAGAUUUUUUUAUUAUAUUUAAGAAUGACGCAAAAUGGUUUUAAAUGAACUAAACGGAUUUAUUUACUAAUUCAUGAGAGAGAAAUUCUGGGUGAGCUCAGAAUUUAAGAAGCAGACAGAUUGAUGGAAGAGCCGGCGUCUGAUUGGACGCUGUAAACCAAUCAAGUCUUCAGGUAAACACGAGAAACGCUGAAGGUUAAAAACACAACAACGUUCAUGAGUCUGCAGACGAUCGAUGACCCCUCCCCCCCACUGAACGAACAGGAAGCCAAAAUACUUCAGAUCGUUAAAGUGAAGCCACUCACUCCGAUUUUAUAUCAGGAAAUAAAUUAAAACCAAACUUAUCAGAAGCAGAAACUUUUGGAAAAUAUCUAUUUGUGGUUUACUUUUUAAUUUAGUUUGAUCCAUGUCCUGUGUACUAACAUGGAGGAGGCGGACACCCCGAUGGUUUUGGCUUCAUGUCAUAUUUAUUUCCAGGCUACAUCAUGAUAUCAGGGCCGCUGGGAAAUUCAAGAUUUUUAAGAAUAAAUUCAAAAUUUGUUUUAGAGGAAAAGUUAAAAUUCUUUAAGAAGAAAGUUGAAAAUUUGACCGAGUCCAUAUUUUGAGAUAUUAUUUGAGGAAAUAUUCAAAAAUGAUGAUAAAUUUGUAGUUUUACUUCAAGUUUCAAAAUAAUUUAGUAAUUUUACAAAUGUGCUUUUAUUUUUUUAAUGACUUCAUUCAUAAUUGUGCCAUAUUUUUUACAUUUCUUUUAAUUUGAUUCUCAUGAUUUGACGUAUUAUUCUUUAAAUGUCUCAAUUCAUUUGAAUUAUUCUGAACCGUGGUCCUAACACUCUAAACUUACUUUUGAUCGUGGCAUUAAAUCUAAACUUUUUCUUUUUCAACAUUUAGUCUGAAACAUUUCGUUGAAGGACGAACUUCAUUCUUUCACCUGAUCGUUUCCAUUUAUCGUCUCCUGAAGAGAAUUAAACCAAAAUCAGUUGGAACAUAGAGGCAGAAAACUUUUAACCACAAUUGUAUUUAAAGAAAAAGAUAUUUAUGAUGUAAAGAGAAGCUGAUGAAUUGUUGUGAACAUCCCAAAAAUAUUUUUCUCUAAUAUAUUUUAGGUAAAAGUGUUUUAUAAAGUUUCUGUGGAGGCGAGAGCUCGUCCCUGCAGCUGAAGUCUGUCGUUUCACGUUUCUGGAUUUUUUUCGUCCGUCGUCAGAUUUUCUCUGAGAUGAAACGAGCUUCGACCAUCGAGUUCAAACGUCGUGUGGAAGCUGCACAUUAAAUCAGUAAAAACACUUUUCACAUUUACACUGGAGCCGGAGGCGUCGCCAUUUUUCCUCCGUUCCUCUUCCUGCCGCCAACAUUACCCAGAGUUCAACGGUAUGAUGAAUUAGCCUCCGCGGGCAACAGCCAACAUUCUGUUGCCUCCGGUGUCGACGGACUCUGCGGAGUCGUGUGUUCGUGACAAACUCACGCUCGGCCAGAUUCCAAGUUCAAGAGAAACACCUCCUGCGAGGAGUCCACACGUGUCCACUAGGUGGCAGAAUUCAUCGUACGUUUCACAGUUGCCAAAACAUUUUUUUCUCUCUUGUGAUAAAGUUUUUUUAUACAAAUGUACAUAUGGUUUAUCACAAGUAUUUCCCGUUUGGAAUUAAUAUUCAGUAUUUCUCAAUAUUCUGUAUAUUUCACAUCAGCAAAGAUUUCAUAUAAUCCAACAUUUCACACAGAUGUUAAACGUUCCUGUAUUUCAACACAGCUCAGAGAAACACAAACUCUCCUGAUGUCUUAAAUAUAUUUCAUGCAUCAGAUAAGAAGGAAACAUCUGGUCACAGUUUUAUCUGUAGAAUCAUUUUUAUUUCAUCUUGAACGCUGAAGUCCAGAACAUCAGUGUGAUGAGAACCACGACCACAAACCAUCGCUGACAAACAUUUAUCUCAUGUCUGGUUAGAACCUUUUUUAUUUGGGUCCAUGUCCCAUCUACUAACAUGGAGGGAUUAUUACCUAUACUGCAGCCAGGGGGCGACAGAGUUGAGCAGUUCAUUUCCAAAUAAAUAUCACAACUCCGGAUCAUCGUGGUGAAAUGAAAGUGAAAUAAGGACAUCUUUGAUUUUCUGUAAAUCUGUUUCUACGUCUCUUUGUGUGAUCACAGACUUCACUGACGUGUUUCUGGGAAAAGCAAUAGAAUCAACGUGGCUGCUUCCUCCGACAGAAUCUGCACUUUAAACUUUUUUAACUUCUCUAUUUAUGUCUUUGUUUUGGCAACUGAGGAAAGAUUCACUCCUUAAAUCUGAAGCGAAACGAGGAUCAAACUUUUACAAACGUAUCUUCUGAUGUAAAUUGUGUAAAUGUGGUGUGAAAAUCCUGCUGAACACAAAGCAGUGUUGUUUCCUGUUUCUUGUAAAUACAGUUGUAAACUGUCCAGAAACGACCUGUGCUCACAUUUUUCUACUUUUCUGACCAGGAGGAAAUUUAUUUUUGGGGUCUGUUGGGAUUUUGAUGUAACGCACCCUUUUGUAACUCUUUGUGAAACUUUUGUGUAAUUUGUUGUACAGCAGCUGAUUUAAAUGCAUGAACUGUCCCUUUAAUGUCGCCUUAACUGCUGUGAAUACUGUAAAUACUGUAAGUGUUUCUCACCACUUCAUCAGUAAAGACCUCAUCUGUCAAACUCCCGGCGUCUGUUGGCUCAAAGCGUUUUUCAAGAUUUCUUCUUCAAAUGUUUUCAAGAUUUUUCUGAUUUUUUCUUCGAUUCUCAGUUUUUUCAUCUUCUCCGAAAUUUCUUCUUUUUGAUUUUUUUUUCUCAGUUUUUUUUCAUUCCUCUGAUUUUCCUAUUCCAC